AUGCGCGAGCGGGAUUACCAGUGUUGGAAAAGUGUCCGCCAUGCAGUACAGGUUAUCGAAGAAGCUUUGAGGUUAUAUGGACCUCAGAGCAUCUCACUGUCGUUCAAUGGUGGCAAGGAUUGCACUGUCAUACUUCAUCUUUAUAUAGCCGUCUUGUACAAAGUGCAAGGAGCCCAGAUGAGUCAAAGCCCUGUUCAGUCAUCAUUGCCAGAUGCCUCCACUCGGAUCCAGCUUCACUCUCCCAUCCCUUCCAUCUAUGUCACUCACAAGAACCCCUUUGGUCAAGUAGAGCGAUUUGUUGAUGAUGAAGUUGAACGGUACAAUCUGGAUCUUGUCAGGAUAGCUGGCCCAAUGAAGAGGGCAUUGGAAGAAUAUCAUGAAUUAAAAGGAGAGAUUGAGGCCAUCAUGGUCGGAACACGACGUGAUGAUCCUCAUGGAGGACCUUUGAAAGCUUUCACACCGACAGACCCAUCAUGGCCUCCAUUUAUGAGAAUCCAUCCUAUAUUGGACUGGACAUACCAUGACAUCUGGACUUUCCUCAGAGCAAUCAAUAUUCCAUAUUGUGGGCUUUAUGAUCUCGGUUAUACAUCUCUUGGGGGACGGGACGAUACUUUUCCUAACCCACAGCUGAAAAGGCUAAGCAUUGGCCCCUUUUUCGACAUCCCAGCCGCACAACGUACGCAUGCUCACGCUGUAAGAAAGAUAGAUACUCAUGAAUUUGACAACCACAGUCAAGGAGACGACUGUAAAAAAUCUCAGAUAUUGGAUCAAUUAUGCCAAGUUGGUAAAGAGCUUGAUCAGUUGGAAGAGGCGUUUCUGUUUGGACCUGCAUGGAAACUCGUAGAAGGAGAAAGCGAACGCUGUGGUAGAGCCAAGUAA